AUGAAUAACUACAAACUCAUAAAAACAUAGUCGAACAAUAACACUAAUGGUGAAGAUGAAUCUACAAGACAUCUAAGUGAGUUAGUAGAUACCAAAAUAUGCUCAAUUAAAGUGGCAUCAACUACUCCUAUUAAUUUUCUAAGCCUUAGAGAGAGAUAUGGGUAGUUAUCAGAUUAAUAUCCAUUGCCAAUUAAAUUCUAAUAAUUAUUAUAAACAAUGAGAAAUAUUGAAUAAACAUAUUGGAAAAAGAGAAAACCCCUAGUAUAUGAUAUCAAAACUAAUGCCAUUAAAAUAUUAUAAAUUGGAUAAUUGUUAAAACUUGAUAAAGAUUUAUAUGAGAUAAAAAUUGUAAAUAAAUCAAUUGAACUUAUAUUAAAUGACAUUCCUAUUGAAAAUUUACCAUAAUUUUAGCCAUUUUAAAGUAAGCUACCUGCAAUAUUUGAAAAUAGAAUUUCUUCAAUUAGAAAUAAAUUAGAUCAUUUAGUAUAAGAAGCACAUGAAAAUUAUUUAAAUUUAAUUGGAGAAUAAAGUUUUCUUGAAAAUUCUAAAGAAUUUAAGAUUUAUUAUUCUACUUUUGAUAUGAAUCUAGUAAAAGAUAUCUCUCCUAUAUAAUUACCAUUUCAAAUAUAUUCUGAUGAACAGAGAGAUUAAAUUAAAUAAAUUGUUGGAAUAACGAUAAAGUAUUUCAAUUAAAGAUCAGUAUCAUUUGUUUUCUAUAAUAAUUUAAUACAACAUUUACUGAAUAAAAUACCUAUGAAUAAAGAAAUUAUGGAGAAAUCAUUAAUGUUUUUGAUUAAAAUUCAGCCAGAUUUUUUGUAGAUUACUAAUUUAAAGAAAGAGUAAAUGAAAAAUAAAUGGAUAGUUUAGAUUAAUAAAUUCUGCACAGAAUAAAAAUAGUUUGAAUCGCUGAAGACGUAUUUCUAUUGA